UAAGCUUCAAUGCAAUGACGCGUACCGCGUACUUGCGCAGGUUUAUCGGCUGGUUGAAUCAUCCGGUUUUACUUGAUAAGUAGCGUUUAAUUUUUGUGCCGCCAGUAAUGCGAAACGCUUCAACCGGAAUCAUUAUAAAUGGCGAAGCUGAGCUCGUUCGUCUUUUUCGACCUGGAGACAACCGAUAUACCUGGCCUUAAGACUCCGAAAAUUACGGAAUUGUCGCUUAUCGCAUGUUCAAAGCUCCACCUCCUGCAAACGAAACAUGGGGAAAUUCCGCGAGUGCUGCACAAACAAACCUUCUGUCUUAAUCCUCAAAGACUGAUUCAUCCUAAGGCAUCCGAGAUUACUGGUUUAUACAACGAUCUUUUGGAGAAUGAGAGCAAAUUUGAUGAAAACACUGCCCAGUUAAUUGUGCUGUUCCUCGAACGCCUGCAAAGCCCAACUUGCCUGGUUGCGCACAACGGAAACCGGUUUGACUUUCCCAUACUAAAAAAGGAACUGGAAGCACUCAAGGCUCACCUUCCCGACGCCACGUACUGCAUCGAUUCUUUACCUUUGUUUCAAACGCUCGACCAGAUCAGCACUCAGCAAGAGAAAAUUGCUCAGGAAAAUGAGAAGAAUGAGCUCGCCGACCUGGAGCUCACAGCCAUUUCCGCCAUGGAGGAACUCGAAGGCAAAGAAAUGACCCUGAAUCAAAUGCAAAAGCUGAACGAAACGACUCCUCGUCGGGAUAAAAUUAACGAACACUACAAACGAGCUCUGCGCUCCUAUCUGGACGUGACGCCUACGCAGGAAGCGAAAGAAACCAAACAAAGCCCGCCUCGUUCGAAGCGCCAGCUGUUUCCGGAAGCGCACGAGGGGCCUUCCAGUGCCGACAUUCCUGAACCUGAACCAACAGCACAAUCGAGUAGCGGUAUGAAACCGGCGAGGAAAAGAUUUCGUCUCUGUGACAUAUACGAGCGCUCGUUUGGUGAGCCACCGAAAUGUGCACAUUACGCCGAAGGAGACGUGAAAUCUUUGCUCAAGUGUGCGAUCGCACAUGGACCGAAUUUUGUUGCGUAUGCUGAAGAGCAUUGCGUUAGGUUUAGUGACUUUGCCGGAAAGAUGUAAAUCUUUUGAUUUAUUAUGUUAUAAUGUCCUGUAUUCGAUCGUACCAUUCCUGCAUGUAUUUUUUUAUUGUAUUUUUGGAACCUUAGAGGAAACUUUUAAAUUGAUCUAAUAA